AUGUCGCCACAAAACUUGGUCCUGACCGGUCCGUUCCCGUGCUGCGACGUGAAAUUGUGCGACUUUGAGAGCUCUCGAGUGAUCAAAGACGAUCAUGUCAACGAGAUUUUGGGCACUGCUGACUACGUCGCUCCUGAGAUUCUUCACUUUGAACCGAUUACGACAGCGGCUGACAUGUGGUGA